AUGUUCGGCAGCUUCAACUCCCUCAAGAAUGCGUGGGCACAAGUAUUUCCACAGGCACCAGAUUUUACCGAGUCGAGCAUACCGGAUCUCUUAGGCAAAGUCUACAUCGUCACCGGCGCAAAUUCUGGCCUCGGCAAAGAGUUGUCAGGCAUACUUUACUCCAAGAAUGCAAAGGUCUACGUCGCCGCAAGGUCAGAAGCAAAAGCACAGGCUGCCAUUGAGUUCAUCAAGGCAGCACACCCACAUUCGAAAGGCGACCUCGUCUAUCUACAGAUUGAUCUGGCCGACCUCUCUGCUAUCAAGUCAUCUGUGAACGCAUUUUUGUCUCAGGAAGCACGACUUGACGUGUUGUUCAAUAACGCUGGUGUCCUCGCUCCCCACGAUGCCCCCAAAACAGCGCAGGGCUACGAAUUGAAUCUGGGGACAAACACCAUUGGAACGUUCUUGCUCACCAAGCUACUGUUGCCCACGCUUCUCAACACGGCCAAGAGUAGCCCAAAGGACUCGGUCCGUGUGAUCUGGGUCUCCUCGAUCGCCGUGAAUUUCUCAGAGCAAGGUGGGCUUGACAUGGACAAUUUGGAUUAUCAUGAGGACAAAUCGGCUGUCACCAAAUACGCAGUCAGCAAGGUCGGCAACUUUCUUCACUCGGUCGAAUUGGCGAGGAGGCAUGGGGCAAGUUCAGACGGCGUGGUGAGCGUCGCUUUAAAUCCCGGCAAUCUCGAUACUGAGCUGGGGCGAGAUCGUUCGUGGCUAGAGACCAAGAUUCUUCGUACUUUUGUCCUUUACCUACCCGUUUUUGGAGCAUACACGGAAUUGUUCGCGGGGCUAUCAGACCCAAUCACGGCUGAAAUGGUCAGAGAUAAUAAUUGGAGCCACGCCUUCAAGAACGCUACAGUUAACAUGGCUGUUGUUGUGACCCUGCUAAGCCUUGGCGAAUGA